AUGGAUCGUAAUUAUGAUAUAGAGCAAUAUAGUAAAGAAAUAAUACAUAGAGUUAUGGAAUACUCUAUUAUCCAAGACGUGGAAGAUAUACGAAAACGAGAAAAUACAAGCUGUUUAGUUUCUGAAUCUGAAACAGAUUUGGCCGAUGAAAGUGGAACUUUCGAGAGUAAUUUCAAACAGAAUAUUCAUCUAAGUUUUAAUUAUGAAAAAGACGUAGUCGAUGACAAUGAGCAAAAUGUCACCGAAUGUAUAAAUAAAAAUACCGAAUUUUCAGAAACUUCUGACGAAUGCAAUGUUACAGAACAAUCUUCUGUUAAAUUUGAUCAAGAGAAAGAACUAAAUGUUCCUCUGACUUCAGCAGAGAUCACAUCAAGAAUUUAUAAAGAUUAUAAGAAACGACCUUCGCGCAGAGCUUUUAUUGAGCUUGAGCGGUAUUCAUUAGUUUCAGAAGUAAUUUAUGAGGAAGAAGAACCUAAAUCUGAAGAUGAUGGAUCAGAAAGUGAUUGUAGCAUUCAUUCAGAUACCAUUUUCGUUGAUUAUGAAGAAUGUAAUGUUAACAUCAGCGCAACUGAUGUAUCGGACAACUGUAAUAUUGAAAACAAUGAAUCAGUAAUUGCUGAAGAAGAGAAGUAUGUUGCAAACAUGUCUCAAUUAGUAGAAAAUAGUAAAUCUAACACUUCUCUAGAUGUUAAACUACGCAAUUCAAAUUUACCAAUCAAAGAAGCGUCAAAAGUUUCUGAUGAGUUUCAUCCUUUGAAUACAUUUAGCAACGUAUUUGAGGAAGAGGAAAAUCCUCCAAAAUCAUCUGAAGUAAACAAAGAAAAUAUUACAAUCUACUUUUGACAUUGUAAAUUAUUCACAAUAUGAUAAGAAUUAUGCUGGAGGAGCAAUUGAAAUUGAAGAAGGAAGAGGCAAACCGUGCGGAUCUCUUUUUAUAUUAUUUUCGCUGACUUUAAAGUUUAUUUUUUUUCUUGUAUGAAAUGAAAAAAGUAAUCGCUACAAAUUAGAAGAUGUGGUUUUGCAUAAAAUGGUGUUGAGUGUUAUUUACAAAACUGAGAUUUAGUGACUU